ACCACUAACCUCACCUCCACUAGCCGCAUCUCCACUAACUUCACUUCCACUAACCUAUCCUCUACUAACCUCACCCCCACUAGCCGCAUCUCCACCAACUUCACUGCCACUAACCUAACCUCCACAAACCUCACCUCCACUAGUCGCACCUCCACUAGCCUCAACCCCACUAACCUCACCUCCACUAGCCGCAUCUCCACCAACUUCACUGCCACUAACCUAACCUCCACUAUCCACAUCUCCACUAACUUCACUUCCACUAACCUAACAUCCACUAACCUCACCUCCACUCACCUCACUUCCACUAACCGCAUCUCCACUAACCUCACCUCCGCUUAG